CAUCACUAACACUCGUGCGAAACGGACGCGAAUUUUCAUUUGUGCUGCGGAAACCAACAACAACAGACAACAAAUAAAAACAAACGAAAAGCAAAACGGUCAAAAUUCCGGGUCAAAAAAUUGAAACUUUGUAAAAAUAAAACGAAAAACAUAGACGCACUAAAAGCUCGGUGAAGUCCUUCGUGGGCGAAACCGAAAUAUAAAAUAAAUCACAGCCACACUUGCUUUUUGUAACUCCUUUUCGCCUUGCGCUGCUCUUGUUUUCCCCUUUAAAUAUUUUUUUUACGAGUUGGUUUCCCGAGAAUUUUCCAUACUCGCGCGUGGUAAACAAGACUCAUUUUUUUACAGUGUUUUUUUUUUUUGAAAGUGCAGACAAGCUGACAAGAAAGAGAUAACAACAUAAAAACAGAAACAGAAAGUAAGGCAAAGAGUGGCAACAACAAACAAACCAACCAAACGGAAUCAAAGUCAAACAAACGCGAACGCGAAGGAAGCUUCAAAAGAGAGACAAGAGCGCGAAAAGGAGGUGGAGAGGAGCGGCGGAGAAUCUAAGUUCAGUGCAUCGCCGUGCUCCCAUCAAACUAAACUAAAUGUUGCGCUGCGUCGAGGAUUUUAAAUAAAAGGGAACCUGCCGCUCGGAAGUCGUGGCAGAAGUGCAGCAAGUGCUGCCGGGCCAAGUUCAAUUAGCCGGAAAACGGACCAUGUGAUCUGCUAUAAAUGCGAUUGUAUAUACACACACACACAUCCGUUGGGAGCAUCGAUAGAUAGGGCCAGUAUAUAAUAUGUCCGGAAAUUAAGUUGACAGUUGAAAAAGAGAGAGAGAGAGUGAGAGCGAGAGUCGGGGGACAGAUCUUGAUCUGGCUUAGAUAUAUAUCGCAUGUGCAGGGCAACGGAAACGGAAGCGUCAGCGGCAACGGAAACAGCAACGGAAGUGGAAACGGAAACGGAAGUGGCUAAGCUAACGUCACACAGUCGGCAAUAAUGACCAAGAAGUACGAGUUCGAUUGGAUCAUUCCGGUUCCGCCGGAAUUGACCACGGGCUGCGUUUUCGAUCGCUGGUUCGAAAACGAAAAGGAGACAAAGGAGAAUGACUUUGAGCGCGAUGCUCUCUUCAAGGUCGACGAAUACGGAUUUUUUCUGUACUGGAAAAGCGAGGGCCGGGAUGGCGAUGUCAUAGAACUCUGCCAAGUGAGCGACAUUCGUGCGGGCGGAACACCAAAGGAUCCGAAGAUACUUGAUAAGGUGACGAAGAAGAACGGCACUAAUAUACCGGAACUGGAUAAGCGAUCCCUGACGAUCUGUUCGAACACGGACUAUAUCAAUAUAACAUAUCACCAUGUUAUUUGUCCAGAUGCGGCAACAGCCAAGAUCUGGCUAGAUGGCAUACGAAAAAUAACCCAUAAUGUCAAAGCGAACAAUAUCUGCCCCAUGAUGUGUCUGCGGAAACAUUGGAUGCGAUUGAGUUACUGCGUAGAGAAGAGUGGCAAAAUUCCAGUUAAAACGCUGGCCAAAACCUUCGCAUCCGGCAAAACGGAGAAAUUGGUGUACACGUGCAUAAAGGAUGCCGGUCUGCCCGAUGAUAAAAACGCAACGAUGACCAAGGAGCAGUUCACCUUCGACAAGUUCUACGCCUUGUACCACAAGGUGUGUCCCCGAAACGACAUUGAGGAGCUCUUCACCUCCAUCACCAAGGGCAAGCAGGACUUCAUCAGCUUGGAGCAAUUUAUCCAGUUUAUGAACGACAAACAGCGCGAUCCGCGGAUGAACGAAAUCCUGUACCCUCUCUACGAGGAGAAACGCUGCACGGAGAUCAUCAACGACUACGAGCUAGAUGAGGAGAAAAAGAAGAACGUUCAAAUGUCGCUGGACGGAUUUAAGCGCUACCUAAUGUCCGACGAAAACGCACCCGUAUUCCUGGAUCGGCUGGAUUUCUACAUGGAAAUGGAUCAGCCACUGGCCCAUUACUAUAUCAACAGCUCGCAUAACACCUACCUAUCUGGUCGUCAGAUCGGCGGCAAAAGUUCCGUGGAAAUGUACCGCCAGACACUCUUGGCAGGCUGUCGCUGCGUGGAGCUGGAUUGCUGGAACGGAAAGGGUGAGGACGAGGAGCCCAUCGUCACCCACGGCCACGCCUACUGCACCGAAAUCCUCUUUAAGGACUGCAUCCAGGCGAUUGCGGAUUGCGCCUUCGUGUCCUCCGAGUAUCCGGUAAUCCUGUCCUUCGAAAACCACUGCAACCGCGCCCAGCAAUACAAGUUGGCCAAAUACUGUGAUGACUUCUUUGGCGAUCUGCUGCUGAAGGAGCCGCUACCAGAUCAUCCGCUGGAUCCGGGCCUUCCGUUGCCGCCACCCUGCAAACUGAAGCGUAAGAUCCUCAUCAAGAACAAGCGAAUGAAGCCAGAAGUGGAAAAGGUCGAGCUGGAGCUCUGGCUGAAGGGCGAACUCAAGACGGAUGACGAUCCGGAAGAGGACGCCAGUGCGGGCAAGCCGCCAGAGGCAGCCGCCGCCCCCGCACCCGCCCCGGAAGCAGCCGCCGCCGCCGAAGGAGCGGCCGAGGGUGGCGGAGGAGCGGAGGCCGAAGCCGCCGCUGCCAACUACAGCGGCUCCACAACUAACGUGCAUCCGUGGCUCUCCUCCAUGGUCAAUUACGCGCAGCCCAUCAAGUUCCAGGGCUUCGACAAGGCAAUCGAAAAGAACAUUGCCCACAACAUGUCCUCGUUUGCGGAAUCGGCGGGCAUGAACUACUUGAAGCAGAGCUCCAUCGACUUUGUCAAUUACAACAAGCGUCAGAUGUCGCGAAUUUAUCCGAAGGGCACACGAGCGGACUCCUCAAACUAUAUGCCGCAGGUGUUCUGGAACGCCGGCUGCCAGAUGGUCUCACUCAACUUCCAGAGCUCCGAUUUACCCAUGCAACUCAACCAGGGCAAGUUCGAGUAUAACGGCGGCUGUGGCUAUCUACUGAAACCGGAUUUCAUGCGUCGAGCCGACAAGGAUUUUGAUCCGUUUGCGGAUGCGCCGGUGGACGGCGUGAUUGCGGCCCAGUGUUCCGUGAAGGUGAUUGCCGGCCAAUUCUUGUCCGACAAGAAAGUGGGCACCUAUGUGGAGGUGGACAUGUUUGGAUUGCCCUCGGACACGGUGAAGAAGGAGUUUCGCACGCGUUUGGUCGCCAAUAAUGGCCUGAAUCCAGUUUACAAUGAGGAUCCCUUUGUGUUCCGCAAAGUGGUCCUUCCGGACUUGGCUGUGCUAAGAUUUGGCGUUUAUGAGGAAAGCGGAAAGAUUCUGGGUCAACGUAUUCUGCCGCUGGACGGUCUACAGGCUGGCUAUCGGCAUGUUUCCCUGCGCACGGAGGCUAACUUCCCCAUGUCGUUGCCCAUGUUGUUCGUGAAUAUCGAGCUAAAGAUCUACGUACCUGACGGCUUUGAGGACUUCAUGGCCAUGUUGUCGGAUCCGCGUGGAUUCGCCGGUGCCGCUAAGCAGCAAAACGAACAGAUGAAGGCCCUUGGCAUUGAAGAGCAGAGCGGCGGUGCCGCCCGAGAUGCUGGCAAGGCCAAAGAGGAGGAAAAGAAGGAGCCACCACUAGUCUUUGAGCCCGUCACGUUGGAAUCUCUGCGCCAGGAGAAAGGCUUCCAAAAGGUGGGCAAAAAGCAAAUCAAGGAGCUCGACACCCUGCGCAAGAAGCACGCCAAAGAGCGCACCUCGGUGCAAAAGACCCAGAAUGCAGCCAUCGACAAGUUGAUCAAGGGCAAGAGCAAAGACGACAUUCGCAACGAUGCCAACAUCAAGAACUCGAUCAACGACCAGACCAAACAGUGGACCGACAUGAUCGCCAGGCACCGUAAGGAGGAAUGGGACAUGCUGCGCCAACAUGUCCAGGACUCGCAGGACGCCAUGAAGGCACUGAUGCUCACCGUUCAGGCGGCGCAGAUCAAGCAGCUGGAGGAUCGUCAUGCCAGGGACAUCAAGGAUCUGAAUGCCAAGCAAGCAAAGAUGUCGGCGGAUACCGCCAAGGAGGUACAGAACGACAAGACCUUGAAGACCAAGAACGAGAAGGAUCGUCGGCUGCGUGAGAAGCGCCAGAACAAUGUGAAGCGCUUCAUGGAGGAAAAGAAGCAAAUCGGCGUUAAGCAGGGCCGUGCGAUGGAGAAACUAAAGUUGGCGCAUUCGAAGCAGGUCGAGGAAUUCAGUACCGACGUGCAAAAGCUUAUGGACAUGUACAAAAUCGAGGAGGAGGCGUAUAAGACGCAAGGAAAAACGGAAUUUUAUGCCUAAGAUUCCCAGAUCAAUGGUCAUAAACGGGAAAGAGCACCGCGAUACCAAACAGAAUAAAAAAAAAAAACACUAAAAAAUUUGAGAAAAACCAAAAAAAAAAAAGAA